AUGCCAGUGUCUCACUACCUCCACCAACUGAAGCUCUGCGCAAGAACCCACACACCUUCCACCGCCAAAACCCUCCACGCCCAACUCAUCAAAUCCGCCCUCCACCAAUGCCCCCCAUUACCCAACACCCUCCUUCACGUCUACGCCAGAUGCGGCCUCCUCGACGACGCCCUCCACCUGUUCGACGAAAUGCCCCACCGAGACCACGUCUCCUGGGCUUCACUCCUCACCGCCCACAACCAAGCCAACCUCCCCCGCCGUACUCUCUCCAUCUUCCGCUCCAUGUUUGACGUCGACUCUCUGCUCCCCGACCAUUUCGUCUUCGCCAGCCUUGUCAAGGCCUGCUCCAGCAUGGGAGCUGUCAGGCAAGGAAUGCAGGUUCAUGCACGGUUUGUAUUGUCUCCGUUUCACGUCGACGAUGUUGUGAAGUCGGCAUUGGUUGAUAUGUAUGCGAAAUGUGGGUUGCCGGAUAAUGCUCGUGCGGUUUUUGAUUCGAUUGGGAAGAGGAGUGUGGUUGCGUGGACCGCGAUGGUUUCGGGGUAUGCUAGGAGUGGGAGGAAGAAGGAUGCUUUGGAGGUGUUUGGGGAGAUGCCGGAGAAGAGCUUGUUUUCGUGGACUGCAUUGAUAUCGGGGUUGGUGCAGAGUGGGAAUGGUGUUGAUGCAUUGUACUUGUUUAUUGAGAUGAGGAGGGAGAGGGUUGAUAUUGUGGACCCUUUGGUUCUGUCGAGCACAGUUGGAGCUUGUGCGAAUUUGGCUGUGUUGGAGCUUGGGAGGCAGGUUCAUGGGUUGGUUAUUGGACUUGGGUAUGGCUCGUGCUUGUUUGUUAGUAAUGCACUGGUGGAUAUGUAUGCAAAAUGUAGUGACAUUUUAGCUGCUAGGGAUAUUUUCUGUGGAAUGCAGCGAAAAGACGUGGUUUCUUGGACUUCCAUAAUUGUUGGGGCCGCACAGCAUGGGAGAGCUGAGGAAGCAUUGACUUUGUAUGAUGAGAUGGUUGGAGCUGGGGUUAAGCCUAAUGAAGUUACAUUCGUUGGACUGAUAUAUGCCUGUAGCCACGUUGGUUUUGUUAGCAAGGGACGUGCCAUUUUCAAAUCCAUGAUUGAGGAUUAUGGAAUUUGUCCCUGUCUGCAGCACUAUACAUGUUACUUGGAUCUUCUUAGUCGCUCUGGGCAUCUUGGUGAAGCUUUAAAUGUCAUUGAUUCAAUGCCGUUUGAGCCUGAUGAACCCACUUGGGCGGCUUUACUAAGUGCUUGCAAACAUCAUGGGGAUACCCGAAUGGGUAUCAGAGUUGCUGAUCAUCUUUUAAGCUUAAACCCAGAAGAUCCUUCAAGUUAUAUACUAUUAUCUAAUGUAUAUGCUGGUGCCGGUAUGUGGGAGAAUGUAGCACAAGUGAGAAAGUUGAUGACAACAAGAGAAGUCAAGAAGAAUCCAGGUUACAGUUCCAUUGACAUUGGAAAGGAAAGUGAAGUGUUUCAUGCUGGAGAGACAUCUCACCCUAUGAAGAAUGAGAUAUAUGAUUUGCUUAAAGAGUUGGAUGCAGAGAUGAAGAAAAGAGGCUAUGUUCCUGAUUGUAGCUUUGUUUUACACGACAUGGAGCAGCAAGAGAAGGAAAGGCAGCUAUUUUGGCAUAGUGAGAGGUUGGCAUUGGCUUAUGGGCUUUUGAAGGCUGUUCCAGGGGUACCUAUCCGGAUAGUAAAAAAUCUUCGUGUUUGCGGAGAUUGUCACACGGUAUUAAAAUUCAUAAGCAGUAUUGUGAAGAGGGACAUUAUUGUUAGAGAUGCCACUAGAUACCACCAUUUUAGUAAGGGGGAAUGUUCGUGCAAUGACUUUUGGUAAAUUCUUCGGGUGGGAAGUCUUCUGGAGCUCCCUGCUGCAUUUGCACUUUGCGCAGGUUCUUAAUACAUAGCAUUUGAGUU